AUGGAUAUGUUAAGUGAAUUAUAUUAUAAGAGUGUAACCGAGAACGAACGGAAUCUACAGUUUUGGGAUGAGUAUUUACAAAAUCUCAAAUCAUUAAAUUUUAAUGAAUAUAGGGAUAAGCUUAAAGUUCCUGUCCUUGUGCCAAUAGGAAGCAGAAUAUUGUUUAAAGGCGAACUUAAACAUACUAACGAAAUAACCGUGGCUCUUGGUGCCGAUUACUUUGCGAAAUGCUCUUUGGCACAAGCAGAAAUACUCAGGCAGCACAGAAUAAGGGUGGUACAGGAGAAGGUUGAUGCAUACAAUAAAGAAAGAGAUUACCUACAAAAUCAGAUAGCCUUUACCAAACUAAAUGUAUAUGAAGAGCAAGGUGAAGAAAUAAUAGAAUACCACACAGAGGUAGAAGAUAAAGCUUGGAGGAUAAAACAUAUACAAAAUGUAAAAGAAUAUAUGCAAAGGAGAGCAAAAGAAAAAGAAAAUGAACACCAUAAAGAUGAUGUUACAGAUAAAGAGUUAUUUGAAAGAUUAGAAGAACUGGAACUACAAGAAGAAUUGCAAAGUGAACUAAAUAAUAUGAAUGAUGACAAUUUUAAUCUAUCAAAAGUAAAGGAUCAGAAAGUAGAACCUUUAGUUGUAAAGGAAGAAGAUAAUCUGAAUUUCAGUAAAAUGAAAGGAGAACCAAAUCAUAAUAUAGAUGAAGUAAAGUUACAAAAAGAAAUUAAUAAUAAAAAUGUUUCUUACAAUGAAUCUAAAGCUCCUGAACAACGGUCAAAACUAGAUUUACUUCAGCAAGUUAUAGACAGGCAGAACGACCUGGACGAAAAGUUGCAUGAACUUAAAAACAGAGAAAGGAGUCAAUGCAAAACUAAACAAGAUUUAAUAUCCAGGUUAGAUGAACUGGAACAACUGGACGAACUUGAAGAUGAAAUGGACAGACUAGAUGACAUAAUUGAAAAUGAAGAUGUUGAGGUUAGUGAAGAGGAGGAAACCAGUAAAUCUGAAGCAGCCAAGCUGGAACGAAGAGUUUCUUUUGUGGACGAUGAUGACUGUGAAACUCUAAACUUAACUUUUAAACAUAGUAAAGUAGCACCAAAUAAUGAACCUUAUGAUCCACAGAAAGGUAUACAGAAACCCAGUGAUAUUUAUGAAGCACAUGCUAAUCUUUUCGGGAAUGGUAUCACAUCUAUCCUUAAAAAGUCAAAGUAUGCAAGUGAUGAUUUAGAACCUGACAAAGUUACAUCAAAGCCAGUGGACGAAGUUAAAAAGACAACACGGGUGCAGACUCAACAGCCUGUGCGGGAAACACCAACAAUUAUUGUAAAAGAUAUUAUAGAAAAAGUGGGGCAAAAUAAUAACAAAAUACAAAAAGAAACAAAACCCAUAAGUUUAUUUAAAAAGAAAAGGAUGCAAAAUAAAUGA